UUCUCAACAAGGGUAUUAUUUCCAGUCAUCGACCUUUGGACGGUUGCGCCAUGGAAAUGUCGGGCGAUUUUAACGCAUACGGGAGGCGUUAACAAAUUUCGCGAAGGUCAAAAUCCACCGCACGAAAAAUAUUUCGCCAUUCCGUCUUUAGGUUUUGUACGUGAAGGGUCUCCUGCUUUUAAGCUAAAUCUCGUUUUCCUAUUCACACGCGUUUUGUUUCCACGUGAUUUGUGACCAUGGGCGACGAAAGCGCGAAUUCCAAAAUAAUAGAUUUAUGUGAAGGUAGUGAAGAUGAUAAAUCGUUAAAAGACAAGCAAAAGGAAUUCUCAAUGGCAGACAAAAAGACAGAGCGAAUGUCAGAAACAGUACGAAAGACUAUUAUUGGUGUUGUAAUUGUGGUGCUCUUGGCAGUAUCGUGGGUCGGAGCUCAGCAAACAGCGCAAACCGCUGUUCAGUGGGGCAAUUUUGAAGCUCCUUACUUUACCACAUGGUAUGGAACUUGUUGGAUGGUGCUUUGCUUCCCUGGUUAUGCAAUUUUCGUUAUCAUUUCUGAACGGGAUAAAGCGAAGAUCCUUCAUGCUUUCAAGGAAUCUACCCAUAUAUUUGGCCCACAAAGCGUUACUAUGGCACAAUUUUUUAAAAUUAUAUGGAGCCUAAAUGCAAUUUGGUUGGCCGUGAACUCACUUUAUGUAUUCGGACUCAAAUUUAUCUAUGCAACCGAUGCAUCUGCAAUCAUGGCUUCAAAUGUUGCGUUCGUGUACAUGCUAUCACUAUGCCUACUUAAAGAAAAAUUAUACGCGAUACGGAUCAUCGCAUCUUUCUUAUGCAUCAGCGGUGUUGUACUUUUUGGUUACGCAAAAGGUUUUCAAGGAAGUGAACAUCUUCUUCAAGGAGUUUUGAUGAUUAUCGCAUCCGCAUUUGGUGCCGCAGUGUAUAAAGUUGUAUUCAAAAAAGUAGUGGGGAACGCUUCAUUAGGACAGGUAUCACUAUUUUUAACACUACUGGGACUGAGUAAUACGCUUCUGAUGUGGACUGUAAGUGUAUGCUUAUAUGUUGCAGAAGUUGAAAAAUUUGGUUGGUCUGAUAUUCCAUGGCAAGCUGUAAACCUAUCAGCUCUACUCAGCCUUAUUUUCAACUUUUUGGUGAACUUUGGCAUUGCUUAUACUUACCCACUGUUCAUAUCAAUUGCAAUGAUGAUUGGAAUCCCGCUCAAUGCUGGUGUAGAUGUGAUAUUUCGACAUGGAACAUUCAGCGCUAUACGACUUGUUGCCGCAGUGUUAGUAUUUUCUGGAUUUGCUAUCAUGCUUUUCCCUGAUUCAUGGAACGACCCAAUUCAUUCUAUUCUGCAAUGUAAGACUGAAAACCCUGAAGGAAAGGAAGAAGAAAUGAUCAAACUGAAAACUAACCGUGAUGAGGAAGAGAAAGCAACUCAAGGAUCUUCAUCACCAGAGAAAUCACCUUUAUUUGUAACUGAAGAAAUAGCUUAAAUUUAUAAUUUUUUGCACAGCGCUUAUUUAAGCCUUUGGCACCAAACAGGGCCCGCUACAAGCAGCUACUGGCAUGUAAGGGGCUACAAUAAUUUGAAGUACCGUCAGUAUUACCCAUCCAAGUUAUUGUACCCUGAGUAAGAUGGUAGGAUUGGCUUUUAAACCAAGAUGUGUAAACUGCGAUGCCAACGUGGUUAACAUUAGCCCCCAUGAUGUGCUGAAUAUUUUUUAUUCGACUUUGAUAUCCAAACAUCACUUGACACAAACAAAAGAAUUUUAAUUUUAUCUUGAUACUUAUAUAUUAUUUAAUAUAAUCAAUGAAGCAUAACUGGGCAGAAUCAGCUCUGGCUCCGAAUAGCAUAUCAAGCUACAAACAAUUGCCCGUCCCCUGCCACACCCCUGCUAGGCCAUCAGACUUCGGUGAUCUUUGGUAGUUUCGCUACCUCCCAGUCUAUAUCAGAUUAAUUGCUAUUUAAUUUUUUAUCAUUUAUAUUUUGGUUGAAAAAAAUAAUAAAUUUUCGGGGCUCCUGAAGUAUGCGAACCAAGAUGGCGGAUAUCGGAAUGUAAUAUGUGUACUAGGUUAGGGU